UAUUAUUGUACUUUUACAAACCGUUUGACUCCGUUGUAUCGCAGACGUGUUUAUUAAAAGUAAAUAAUCAUGGAACAGUUCUUAGGAAAGAAAUAUAAACUGAAAACAUCUGAUAACUUUGAGGAUUAUUUAAAAUACAUUGGAGUGGGCCUUAUAUCCAGAAAGUUAGUCACAUCCCUAUACCCAGUGUGUGUUUUGUCCAAAAAUGAAGAUGGAUCAUACACACUUACAAUGACUACGCCAGUGAGGAAAGUUGUUACCACGUUUAAAUUAGAUGAAGAAUUCGAUGAAGACAGGCCAGAUGGAGUCAAGGUGAAAUCUCGUAUCACAUUAGAAGGCAAUAAACUAAUACAAACACAAGAAGACAAGGGAAUACGAUCGAAACAUGUUCGAGAAUUCACAGAUACCAAGUUAACAGUAAUAACCACCGCAGAAGGCUGGGAUGGCACGUGUAUAAGAGUCUACGAACAACUAGAAUAAUUUAUUAUUAAUAGGUAUCUAAAAUAACUUAAUAUUACUGUGAUCUUGGUUAGGAAAUACAUAAUAUAUUGGUGU